CAUUCAGGUCUCACUGCAGAAGAACCAUGAUACUAUUAAGUGCUCUAUUGAGUUUUUCUUUAACAUUGGCUGUUGUUCAAACACAGCCUGUUAUGGAAAAUUCGUACAUUGCUGCUGUCUAUGAGCACAACUUAAUCCGAAACCCAAAGCCUCAUGUCCCACUGUCCCGGUCUGCUGCCCUUCAGCACAUGAAGAAAAACCUGGACAUCUAUGAGGAGCAGGCUGCCAAGGCUGCUGAGCAGGGUGUCCAGAUCCUGGUGUUUCCUGAAUAUGGUAUUCAUGGUUUCUACUUUAGCAGAUCAUCUAUCUACAACUACCUGGAGACAAUUCCUGACCCCCAGCAAGAGCGCUGGAACCCCUGCACAGAGCCGGAAAAACACAACAACACUGAGGUUCUCCAGAGGUUGAGCUGUAUGGCCCAUCAAAACAACCUCUACCUGGUGGCCAACAUGCCUGACCUGCAGCCCUGUCCUCUGAGCACUGACCCCUCCUCUACUUGUCCCUCUGAUGGACGCUGGCAGUUCAACACCAAUGUGGUUUUCAGGUCAGAUGGCCUGCUGAUGGCACGUUAUCAUAAAUACAACCUUUACUUUGAGGAGUCCUUCGACACGCCACCACAGCCUGAGAUCAUCACAUUUGACACACCUUUUGCUGGGAGGUUUGGCCUCAUGACAUGCUUUGACAUCCUCUUCCACAAACCUACGAUCGCCCUGGUGGAGAAGGGUGUGCGGCAGCUCAUCUUUCCCACAGCCUGGUCUAACACACCUCCUCUCCUCCACUCAGUCCAGUUCCAUCGGGCGUUCAGUUUGAGUACCAAUGUCACCUUCCUAUCUGCCAACAUUCGUGUUGACGAAAUGGAUGUGGGAGGAAGUGGUAUCUAUACACCUUUUUUCUCCACCUACCACCAGGCACAGAACGGAGAGCCAAAGGGGGGCAAGCUGCUGGUGGCCAGGGUGCCAGUGUUAGACCCUGAGUGGUUGGGGCAGAAAGAAACCACACAGGGGAGGAUGACUGAGUCUACAUCAUCUCUAGCUGCAGACUCUGAAUCCUGUCAGACAGGGAACUGCUCUGAUGCUUCAGUCCCUCCAUCCUCCAACAUUUUCACUUCAACCAUAAAUAACGACCCAUUCACCUUUGUCCUCUUAAAUGGGAUGGAAGGUGAAGCUAAUGUGUGCAAUGGCUCCUUUUGCUGCCACCUGCAGUACAAACGCUUUCCACAUGGUAGCAGCAAUGAGCUCUAUGCAUUGGGAGCAUUUGCUGGAUGGCACAGCGAGGGGAGACACUACGCCCUGCAGAUUUGUGCACUCGUCCGUUGUGCCUGGUCAGACCCCAGCUUCUGUGGACUACCUGUGCAAAGAGCAGAGUCGAAAAUGGACUUCCUGUUGGAGGGGAAGUUUGGGACCAAAUAUGUGUAUCCAUCAGUUCUGGCUAGCAGGAUGGUUGUGGAGGAUCCAGAACAUUUUGAAGUAGCUGCAGAUGGAAGAGUGAGCAUGAAGCACUCCAACAUGACUGGUGGACUGGUGACUGCAAGUCUGUAUGGACGGAUUUAUCAUCUGGACAAGGACUGAGGUCUGUUUUAAUACUGUGUGUAAUGGAGAGAUAUGUUUUACUUUUAAGAAACUGUACUUCAUUUUUUGGCCAGUAAUGGCUGUAAGACAUUAGUCAUCUUGCAAACACACUGUAUUAAAUGAAUGUAAAAUUGUA